GGCGAUGCUUCGAAGGCAGCAGCGAGGCCAAGUCGACAGUCUUUACGUCUGGGCUCGUUACCCACGUUGACACUCAGGCAGCAACUUUGGCAUCAGAAGUCACUCGCAAGACGAAACCCUGGAGGUGCAGAAGGUUCUCCACGUGACGGACAAGGACACCCUUGCCUUGGCAGUGCAUCAUCGCCAUCUCCGACCACCGCAAGUUAACAGCGACACAACGCUGCUGCGCCCAUACAUCCAUACUUGAGCUUCCACGACGCAGAACACACAGCCCGCACGCUCGAUUAGAUAUCGCUUUUGUCGCGACCAUGUCCAAUCUCAUCGACGCAGAAGCAGGCACCGAGCGCUUCGGCGGCUACGAAGCUGAGCUGAAGCUCGUGCAAGCCGACCUGUCGCAGCAAAUCGAGCAGAUCAAAGAGACAACCGGCGAGCCGCGCAAAGCAGCCAUCAGCAGAGCAGAGCGUGCGCUGGAAGAGGCCGGCGAGUUGAUUGGCCAGAUGCGUCUCGAGAAGUCUAACAUCCCCGUAAAUCUCAAGUCGAAAUACAACGCCAAAUUCCGCAACUUCGAAUCCGACCUCGACGCCACAAAGCGCAAACUGCAGCAGUACACUAACGACAAGGCCAAGCUGUUCGGCAACCGAUACACCGAUGAUCCCGAGCAGGGCGAUGCGCAGCUCGAGCAGCGCCAGCAACUGCUCUCGGGCACGGACAGACUGAACAGGAGUUCUGGGCGCCUGAGGGAGAGCCAGAGGAUAGCGCUGGAGACGGAGCAGAUUGGCGCGGGGACGCUGAGCGACCUGCACAGACAACGGGAGACGAUUGAGCACACGCGAGAGCGCCUGCUGGAGUCGGAGAGCUACACGGACAGGAGCAUCAAGACACUGCGGGGCAUGGCACGAAGGAUGGCCACGAAUCGCAUCAUCACCAUUGCGAUCAUCACCGUCUUGGUCCUGCUUAUCAUUGCCGUCAUCUGGAGCAAGUUCAGAUGAGCAGUCUUGUAUCAGCGUUCACGUUUAGUCUGGCGUUUGGAGCAUCUCGCAGUGUACAUAAUAUAUUGGGAGGAUCCAGAGCCUCCCAAUAUUACGAUUCAUCACUUUUAAUUGGGGAUAUUUGUAUUUGUCAUAUGAUUCAAAGUCGUCAUGAUCAUUACUGCAUCGCUGACUACGCUGCAUUACCGACAUUACUUCGACCGACCCCCGUCAUCUGCACUGAAAGAAAAGCGGCUGCAAAACAAUCAUGACUCGUACAAGAUUGCAAAGACGCCAGCAACGCCUUGGAUGAAAACCGCUAAACGAACGUAAAACAUCAGA